UCACUAUUUAUUUUCCAACACCAUACCAAUAUUCUAAUUUAUCCUCGUCACUGCCAGUACUUUCCCACUUACUUUCCGAUCCACCUUCUCUUCCAGAGACUGGACUCCAUCUCCUCUGCCAUCCAUGGCGUCUGCAAGCUCUCUCGAAGCGAUCUCCUCCCUCCAUUUCUCCAACUCGAUCAGGUCUCCUCCUCCAUCUUCUCAAGCUCAAAGACUGUUGGGCUUCAGUCUCUCUCGCUCCUUCCCAACCCUUAAAUCCGCAUCGACCAAGCAAUCCCUUUCAACCCCCAGAAACUUCACCACCUCAGCUUUCUUCGGCAAGAAGAAGGAACCAGCUGACUCUGAUUCUUCACGACCCACAAAAGUUCAAGAACUGAAUGUGUACGAGAUCAAUGAGAGAGACAGAGGCAGCCCAGCAUACCUAAGACUGAGCAAGAAAGAAGUCAACUCCCUCGGCGACCUCGUCCCCUUCAGCAACAAGAUCUACUCCGGCGACCUGGAAAAACGUCUUGGAAUCACAGCAGGCCUGUGCGUUUUGAUCCAAAACUUUCCCGAGAAAAAAGGAGACAGGUACGAGGCAAUCUACAGCUUCUACUUCGGAGACUACGGCCACAUUUCAGUUCAGGGAGCUUAUCUGACCUACGAGGACACGUACAUGGCCGUGACCGGUGGAUCUGGGAUCUUCGAGGGAGUGUACGGACAAGUCAAGGUGAAGCAGAUUGUGUUUCCCAUCAAGCUGUUUUACACGUUUUAUUUGAAGGGCAUUAAGGAUUUGCCGGUUGAGCUUACCGGGAAGCCGGUCGCUCCGUCUCCCAGCGUCGAGCCGUCGGCAGCCGCCAAGGCCACUGAGCCCAGUGCCACCAUCAAAAACUUUACCAACUGAUCAACCACGGUGGUUGUGGAAUUUGCCAAAAAAAGGAAGCAGAGGACGAGUUAGUGGCGGUGGACUUUCUGCUGUAAUCUCACAUUGUCUUUACCAACCUCGGUUUUCACCUAGUCAUGUUUUUUCACUCUCUUUAUUUACCUUUUUUUCCCCUAUCUAUUGUGUUCAUGUUUUGUAAUCCUAUAUUAGUUUAAAGCAUUUCCGAGUAUGUAUUCAACUAAUAAUUUUCAGACACUUUUUGUCUAUUGCA